UAUAAACACGGCGGGCUCAAGAUCAUUUUUMUGUGAUUUUCAGGCUUUAAACAGGCAUGAGAAAAACUCUUCUAAUUAUAAAAUAUAAAGCUAGAUUACCUUCUUAAAAUGGCAAAAUGUUCAAGAUACAUGGCUCGAGUCCUGAGGGUCGUAGGAUUCGCGUUAAUGGUGCAAGUAGUGUUGACUUGCGCCUUGAUUCCCGAUGAACGUGAAGGGCUUCUUGGUCGAUUCCUUUUGGCUUCWCAACAAAAAAUCGAAGAAAUUGGACAGCCUUCUGCUAACGCGCAGUCCAAGUCAUUUAUAUUUCCUCUUAAUGAUGAAAAGAGCAACACUGAGGCAGGAAAGACACAAUCAAGAGAUCAACCCACAGAUCAAGGUGGAAUUUUUUCAGCUUCACUUGGCUUUGUACAUGCAUUCAUUGCUUCAAUUUCUGUSAUCGUAGUAUCGGAACUUGGAGACAAAACUUUCUUUAUUGCUGCCAUAAUGUCAAUGCGUCAUUCAAGGCUGGUAAUUUUUASUGGUGCAAUGCUUGCAUUGGGCCUCAUGACAAUUUUAUCAGCAGUUCUUGGCUAUGCAACUACUGUCAUUCCUAGAAAAAUCACACUCUAUAUCUCCAGUGGACUGUUUUUGUUUUUUGGUCUUAAAAUGCUGAAAGAAGGAUAUGAUAUGGACCCAAAUGAAGGGCAAGAAGAGCUAGAGGAAGUCCAAGCUGAAUUAAAAAAGAAAGAUGAAGAGCUUUCAAUGCAGGAAACUGUCACUCAAGAUCCAGAGACAGGAAUUAUACGAGGAGGAAAGCAGCACAAGUGGUAUAAAUUUAUAUCUCCUAUUUUAGUACAGUCGUUCACUCUGACAUUCUUAGCAGAGUGGGGUGAUAGAUCWCAGCUGGCAACAAUCUUACUUGGCUCAAGAGAAAAUGUUAUAGGUGUUAUUAUUGGAGGAACAAUUGGGCAUUCCUUAUGCACUGGACUUGCUGUAGUUGGUGGCAGAAUGAUUGCACAAAAGAUAUCUGUAAAAACAGUUACAAUUCUUGGAGGUGUAGUGUUUUUGGUAUUUGCUGUAUCAGCAUUCUUUCUUGAAAGCUGAUUCAUAUAUAAACAUUAUAUAUACAUAUUAUACAUAUGCCUUGAUUAGAUAUCAAUGCCUCUUUAAUUAGAACAGAAUGCUUACCAAAUAAAGAAUUGAUUCUCGUCAGCCUCCAGYUUCAAGUCAUGUAGCAUUGUGGGAGAGUUCCUGUUAAUGUAUUAUAUUCAUAAAAUAAAUUUUAUUUUCUUUAUCAUAGGCAUUUUUCUGAAUUUUAUAAACRGGAUGCAUUAUGCUCUAGCUUCAGMGCAAAURCACCAUGACAAKAAUUAUAAGACAUAGUGAACAAUAGUUUGUUUACCCAAGCUAGACCACAAUGCACCAUGUUGUUUAUCUCAGAGAAGGUAUACGUUGCUAUUCAUAUCUGUAUGAAUGUAGUACAUCAAGACUGCUUCAUAUUUUAUCCCAUCCCAAUUUGAUAGCUAACUCAGUCUUAAUGCACUAACUAAAAAUUUUUGAUGUAUUGGUGAAGCCUGUGAGAAGGAAAACAGCCAAAUAAUAUAUGUUGAUAGUUGAGUUUAUGAGUCAGAUUGAACAUUACAAAGAUUACAAGAAAAUUUAUAAACUGGACACAUUUCAUUCUAAGAAAUAUGUAGAAUAUCUAGGUUAUGCUGAAAGACUAUCCAAAUUAGUGUAUGGCAGGAACAUGUAUUGAUAUAUCUCAGCCUAUGAAAAUAAUUAUUCAUUAAUUGUACACACAAUUGCAAAACAAUUGUCUUGUCCAAAAGACAAAACCUAGUAGCUGAGACCGAAAGGUAUUCUGGGGAAAUGAAAUAAUAUUAUCCUUUGAUGUGCUAAUAAAUAAAUAAAUAACAAUAUUUAUUUGAGA